AUGGAGUACCCAGCGGAGUUCCACACACCGUCCACAGUGUAUCAAGAGGGAUGUACGACGUCUCCAAGUCCCACACCGAUGUUCCCCAAGGUUUCAAAUUUGGUGACAGGCAUUUGGGAGCGGCCUUCCGAAUCUCACGAUGCUGGCUGUCUUAAGGAUUACGCUGUGCGUGAAAUGCGGGAUGCUACGCAAUCUAACGCCCAACCGACGUCAGUGCCAUCCCCUCGGUGCACAUCCAAUGUAAAUGACGGUUUCAGGAUCCCCCCUUACGACACGUUUCUGCCUACGUGUGAUAAAGAGAGGUCCCAAAUUUCUGCGCCCACAGUGGAUGGGGUUUCCAUCAAUGCCCUCUCCAGCCUCUUCAGCAGUGAACCCAUAUUGGCCGAGAAUACGGUACCAAGCGGUGACUGGGAUGUCUUCUUCCCUUUGAGGGAGUGUUGGAACAGUUCUUCCCGCCCGCCGACACCGACCAUACCACUCGGUGUUUGUGCUAACAUUACUGAUACUCCUCCAAAGCUGCAUUUGUCGAACGCGAUUGGGGAAGUUUGUCCGCAGAGCGCAGAUAUGCAAAGGCCCUUCUUUUCGCUAGAGGAGGAUACAGAGAGUGAGGAAGUUUGCGCACUCCCGGUGAACUUUGGUACAACCUACUGUUCUGAGGGGAACAUUGUCGAAGCCCUCAUUGCGCAGCUCGCAGCGAAUGGCGACAGCGUGGUGCCAACUUCGAUCAACAAAGUUUAUGCACCCCAAGGCCAGAGGACAUCAUCUGCUAUGUCUUCGUUUCAAGAGGGAACGGUACGCAACGCAAAACGGGGCGCAGCCGUCUCUGACCCUCUCGCAGCGCACCUUCUCGACAACACAACCGACAUUUAUGAGGGAGUCGCUGGUCGUCACGUCGCUGCCACGGCAGUGUGUGAGGGUCAACAGCGUCACGUGCCUCCAUUCGCCAUAUGUUGUUCGCCCAUUGACCUACCAGGUGUGGGCAAUGGGCGUGCGAUGAAUGAACGGCACCGCGGGUUUAUUCAGCAUCGCCAGCGCGGUGCCGACACUGCUUCGCGAUCUGGAAAGGGAGGAUUGGCUCCAGGCAGUUGGCAUCUUGGCCGGAGACCUCUCUACUCUUUGCCGUUUCCUUUGGUGGAUCACAGCAUGCUGAGUGACUUAUACCGUGAUACCCCUCAAGAUCAAGAGUUGAGGCGUAUUAUCAACUCUAACGGCCCCGGUGGACCGCUUAUGUCGUCUGAGUGGCCGCCGCGUACGAAGAGUUGUGUGGUAAAAAUGUUGAGGCAGUUGCACGCGAAGGUGUUGCUGCAGCAUCUGCGGGUUGUGAGUUUUGCCCGAAGGGAUCUCUACGGAGUGGUGCGCCUGUUUGACUCGUGGAACGGUAAAGGCAUUCCGCCCCCUGGCGUCAUGUUCGGAUCAUACUACUUCUAUACCAUGUCAAAAUUUGGCAGAGAGAUGUGCCUGAAGCAUAACGGUCGCGAGCGGGCGGGUGGGUUUUGCCGAGGGUGUGACUAUGCCCAGCGGGGUCCCAACUUUAGAUGCCGCUACCAGCACGCUUGCCUCUUUUGCUUGUCCGAUGAUCAUGGGUGGUUUGACGAAACAUGCUGCCAGCGAUAUGUCGCCUUGCAGCAAAAGAUGGUGGAGCUGAGGAUAACUGAUGCCGUGGCCCAAGCGCUCCUUGACGCGCUGGAAACUGAAGAUGAACCCAUUCGCCGCAAGGGGUGA